CGGCGAUGAUGUGUCCGAACACUAUCGUCAUGACACACGGGCCCGGCGUGGUGCUUAUGCCUUGGGCCGACAACGAGAAUGUGACGGCUAUUUUGGCCGCACACUACCCAGAUGAAGAGUCUGGCAACUCGAUUGUAGAUGUACUGUGGGGCGUUCAGGAGCCUAGUGGUCGAUUGCCUUACACCAUUCCUAGAACCGCUUCAGACUAUGGUCUGCCCAUCGUGGAGCAUGUCGAUGCGAAGGGCGAUCCAAACGCAUGGCAAGCAGACUUCACAGAAAGCCAGUUAAUCGACUAUCGGCAUUUCGAUGCGAGCGCCAUCGAUCCAAUAUACCGCUUUGGCUUUGGGCUCUCGUACACGACAUUUGAGAUGGACGAUGUCCUCAAUGUAGAGAUCACGGGCGGCUCGUUAACGGCCUACGCAAAUGAGUCUAUGGGCUUCGCUCCUGGCGGUCUACAUGAUCUAGCAGGUUUUGCAGUGCCGCAGCUCUACGUUUCUCUGCCUCAGGACACAACCCCUUCGGGUACACCCAUGAAGGUGUUAAGGGGAUUCAAGAAGGUCAGACUCGAUGCAAGCGAGACAAAGCAGGUGGAAUUCGAGCUGACGAGGAGGGAUAUCAGCUACUGGAAUGUGGAAGAGACCGCUUGA